AUGGGAGCUACGCCCUUCACGGAAGGAAUCUUAAGAGCAAAACUCCCCAAAGGUUUCGACAAACCCACCGACAUGAAGUACGACGGAACCAAAGACCCUCAAGAGCACCUAACGGCCUUCGAGGCCAGAAUGAACUUAGAAGGAGCAUCCGACGCAGUCCGAUGCAGAGCCUUCCCAGUAACCCUGGCCGGGCCAGCGAUCAAAUGGUUCAACGCCCUCCCAAACGGAUCCAUAACUAGCUUCCACGACAUCACAAGAAAAUUCAUGGCCCAGUUCACAACCCGAAUCACCAAAGCCAAACACCCUAUCAGCCUGUUAGGGGUCACACAAAGGCAAGAAGAAUCCACAAGAAAAUACCUCGACCGCUUCAACGACGAAUGCCUAACGGUCGACGGACUCACGGACUCCGUUGCCAGCCUCUGCCUAACUAACGGACUCAUGAAUGAAGACUUUCGCAAACAUCUCACCACCAAACCAGUGUGGACCAUGCACGAAAUCCAGAACGUCGCCAAAGAUUACAUCAACGACGAGGAAGUCAGCCAGGUCGUCGCCGCCAACAAACGGCAGCACGCCGCCACCCAACACGGCAAUCCGACUCCCCGUCAUAACGCACCACCCAAAGAGAACCAACGAGACCACCUUAAACCAACCCACAGACCACCAAGAAUAGGAAAAUUUUCCAACUACACUCCCCUAACAACAUCAAUUACUGAGGUAUACCACCAAAUAGCAGACCGAGGCAUCAUCCCCAGAGCCCGACCACUCAAGGAAAGGACAGGAGGAAACAAAACCCUCUACUGCGACUAUCACCGCGGAUACGGCCACAAAACACAAGAUUGUUACGAUCUCAAAGACGCUCUUGAGCAAGCUAUACGAGAUGGCAAACUCCCCGAGUUCGUCAAAAUCAUCAGAGAACCAAGGCGCGCCGACAGAGACAAAUCACCAGAAAGAGAAGGACGCAACCCAAGAACCCAAAAAACACCCAGGGAAAACACCGAAGAAGAUCCGACCAUCAUAGUGAACGUCAUCACGGGCAAAGACGUACCAAAUAAAUCAAAACUAACAAUGAAAAAAGACCUCAAGAUAAUGGCCGUCAAAAACCACGACCCAGUAACCAUUGCCAACAGCACGAUAACCUUCUUACCCGAGGACUGCCAGCACGGCACCUCGGCAGGAGAUGCCCCCUUCGUCAUAUCAGCCCGAAUCGGAACAGGACUAGUAAGAAGAAUACUCGUGGACACGGGUGCCGACUCCAAUAUCCUCUUCCGAGGAGCCUUCGACAAACUCGGGCUCCGCAACGACAACCUCCAAACGCAUCGCCACGGCGUCACGGGCCUCGGAGAUAACUUCCUCAAACCAGACGGCUCGGUCACCCUCCCCAUCACCAUAGGAACAAGCAAUCAGAGAAAGACGAUCCUAUCCGAAUUCGUCGUCCUAAAAGACUCCACAGCCUAUAACGUCAUUCUCGGGAGAAAAACAAUUAACGACUUCUCGGCAGUCAUCUUCACCAAAUACCUCCUCAUGAAAUUCAAAGCCGAUGACGGCACCAUCGGAACCAUUCACGGAGACCGAGAAGUUGCAGCCGAAUGCGACAACAAUAGCUUAGCUCUAAGGAAAAAUCCCGGGACGCGGCCGGAAUAUUCCUUGCCGACCUAG